UGUUGUUUUCGUCUCCAUCUUUAUUUCACACACGUGGGAAUGGUCUGAGCUCACAGAGAAAAAAUUUAGACGUGCUCAGCUAAGACAUUUUUAGCGCAUUACUUUGAUAAGACGAGAGGGCUGGAACAAUGCAGCUUUGCAAUGUGUGUAGCGACCAGGUACCGAAAUAUCGGUGCCCAACAUGUCUCAUCAGAUAUUGUUCCAUGAAUUGCUUUAAGACGCACAAAGAUAGCUGUGAGCCUGUGAACUCAAAGGGCCCCACAUCUGGUCAGAAUCAGUCAGAUACUGCUGCUAGAGAAGCCUGGACACCAGACGAUCUUCUGGAUGGAGAUGACAAGAGCGAUAUGGUUCCUGUAGACAUACUUAAGAAACUUGGUGAGUCAGAAGACCUUAAAGACUUGCUACGGAACCCUCACCUCAGACAAGUCUUGGCCGCCGUGGAUACAGCAGGGAACAAGAUGGAUAUUAUGAAGACGGCUAUGCAGGAGCCAUUGUUUAUGGAGUUUGCAGACCAGUGCUUGAAAAUCGUAGAACCCACUGACUCAGAGGAUGUCUGAUCGAACAAAACUAAACAUUGAUCCUCUCAAGGAUUUUCUUGAGAGAACUUUUUUACAAGAACUAAAUGGAAACCAUGCCAAAUACACCAAUUGGCCCUGUAGGUUGACCUGACAGAAUUUACUUUUCAAUAUGACUGUGACAGUGUUGUGAACUUGUUUUAAAAAUAGAAUGAGGAAGUUGGAUAGCUUUCAAGUAUGUCAGUUAUUCUGUGGAGCUCUGGAAUGACAAGGACUACUGGAUAUGAAAGCAUAAACUGGUCUUUCCAGUAGCAAUGAUGGCAAGAAUUGUUCAUGAGCUAGGCCCACAGUCAGGUAAAGUAUCUAAAUAUAAUGGACACAAACAAUAGUAUAUUAGUGAGUAUAUCAGUGUAAUAACAAUUCAUACAUCUGUGCUUUUGGACACAGCUGGUUGUGUCAGGUGUUUGGCUGUUUUCUGGUUUUGUGUGCUUCCUCCCAAUGUUAGACAUCGUAUAUGUGUUACAACAGGUGCUCCAUCCUCUGUUUCAUUGUGUUGAGACUGCUCUGAACACAUACACGCUGGUAAAGUGUGACUGCGUUGGUAAGAUGUAGGAGCAGUGUUGCUGAUGAAGAGAAGAGGUCAUGUAUUCCUCCUAGGAAAAUGCUCAUUUGCACUAGCAUCAGUCAUGAAGUGUCUUCAAGCUGCCAUUGAAGCACUGAGAAAUUGCAUUUGUGUUAUUUCAACACUUUCUUUAAUUUCAUCUCAUGGAUUUGUUUUUGACCUUGUGUAAAUUGUUGUUUUCAUCAAAUAAUUAAAGGUUUAAGGCAGUGCAACUGCAGUUCAGUUA